AUGCAGCCCAGCGACAGGGACUGGCUGAAGAGGCUCAAGACUGCUGAGCAGAAGGUGUUCAGCCAGAACGGCGAGGACGGCAUCCUGCUGCGCAUCCUGGCCAACAUAGGGUGGAGCGACAGGCGGUACUAUGUUGAGUUUGGGACGGAGAGCGGCAACGAGUGCAACACCCGCAUCCUGCGAGACCUGCUGGGGUGGAGCGGGCUGCUGAUGGACGGCAGCAACGACAACCCAGGCAUCAACCUGCACAAAGAAAGCAUCACCCCGGAAAACAUCAACGACCUUUUUGCCAAGUAUGAUGUGCCGGAAGAGUUUGAUGUGCUCAGCAUAGACGUCGAUUUCGAUGAUUACUGGAUUCGCAAAGCGCUGGACCGCAAGUACCGCCCCAGGGUGGUGAUCAUGGAGGUCAACGGCGCGUUACCCCUGGAAGACAGCCGCACGAUCGACCCCACAGACAGCCAGCGCUGGCCCGCGCCCGGCGGCAAGGCAAGCACGCGGCGGCGCCGGCCCUGCCCCGCAACAUUCUACUUUGGCUCCAGCCUGCGUGCGAUCCGUGACCUCAACCGCCUCCUUGGCUACACACUGGUGGCGGUGGACGCGCAGGCCGUCAACGCUUUCUUCAUUCGCGACGACAUCCUGGAGUGCCAGGGAGCCCAGCCGCUGCCGAUUGAGGAGCUGUACGUGCACAACCCGCCGGCGCCCAACGUGCCGGAGACAAACCAGACGCGGCAGUGGCUGUUCCUGGACGAGGCGGGCAACGUGGUGAAGAAAGAGUUCCGGCCGGUGUGA